AUGGCCUCCGAAAUUCUACAACCGUUCUUAGGCGCGCUGCAAGCCUCCCUGACCGUCCUCUUGGACGUGUUUUACGGAGUGCUCGCAGCCCAAUUCGGCCUCCUAGACGAGAAGUCGGCGAAUUCCAUUUCCCAGGCUGCAAUCAAAAUGUUCUUGCCAGCCCUGAUGUUCACUCGGAUUGGCUCUCAAGUCAGGAUCGAGUCUGCCAUGAGAUACAUCCCCAUUAUUGUCUGGGCAAUCUUGUACCACGUAGCAGCCAUUGGUGCUACGCUCUUCAUCUCACGCAUGUUCAAGCUGCCGGCGUGGACCACCCCGGCAAUCUCCUUUAACAACGCCAUUUCAAUGCCGUUGCUGCUUCUUCGCUCGCUCGAAGUCACUGGUGUUCUCAAGCCGCUGACUGGCGACGGGGAAAGUCCUGCUGAUGCGGUCGACCGAGCAGAAUCAUACUUCCUGGUCUUCGCCAUGGUCGCCAAUGGAAUUGUCUUCGCGGUGGGCGAUAAUCUCUUGGGUAAGAAGGAUAAAGACCAAGAUGACCAAGAGGGAGGGCCAGGCCAAGAAGACGAAGACCCGACUGAGAAUACCUCGUUGCUCCCGGAUGUCGCCGUCCGAAACCGCCAAAACCUGCAAGUGAAGGCACAGAACAGAAUCAACGAGUAUAAUGACAAGCUUCCCUCCUGGGCGCAGAAGGCUUUUCACUAUGCGUACAAGUUUUGUAACGGUCCUCUACUGGGCGCUGUGCUUGGGUUUGUAGUAGGCCUGGUCCCGUGGCUCCAUAAGGUCUUUUUCAACGAGACUCAGGACGGAGGAUAUUUCAAUGCCUGGCUCACUUCCAGUUUGAAGAACAUCGGGGACCUGUUUGUGGUGUUGCAGGUGGUCAUCGUGGGAGUGCAGCUGGCUACUAGCCUGCGCAAGCUGAAACAAGGCGAAGAAUCCGGACCCGUGCCAUGGGUUCCCAUGGUCUUCAUCCUGGCUGCCAGAUAUUUGAUCUGGCCUGCGAUCGGGAUUGCCACCAUCUGGGGCUUCGCGGCCAAGACCAAUGUUUUCGGAAAUGAUAGGAUGCUGUGGUUUACCAUGAUGGUGAUGCCAUCUGGGCCGCCUGCCAUGAAAUUGUUGGCUUUGGCUGAUGCGGGCGGCAUCGAUCAGAAAGAAGUCAUGUCCAUUUCCAAGCUCUUGACGAUUGCGCACAUUGCGGCCCCCUUGAGCUCCAUUGCCGUCGUUGGAGCCCUGAAAGCCGUGCAAAAGGUCGGAGGGAGCUCUUAG